AUGUGUCAGCUUAGAAAAAAUCAAGCGACCGUGCUGUCAUGUUAUGUGAUUGGUUGUAACGUGGCAGUUAUCUCUUUCCGGGCACAAGAAUAUCCAAUCAACGAAGCUUUUAUGAAGUCAAUACCCAGUGUAAUUGAAGGAAUCCUUUGCUUACUAAUACUGUUAACCGGACUUUUAUGUCUUGUUGUUUAUCAUACACGACUUGUUUGCCGAGAAGAAACCACGAACGAAUCGUUAAAAGACACAUUUGCUAAUAACAUUAACCCAUUCAGCCAGGGUAGCUGGUACUCAAACUGCUUUUACAUCCUGUGCACGCCUAAAGCACCAAAGUUGUUGGACAGACGAGGAUUUGAAGAUGAUGCAGACGUUAGCCAGGAGUCAAGUAGUAACCCACCAACUCCACCAAUUUAA